GGCUGUGGGAGAAGGGAGGGACCAGAGGAGUGAGAGAGGACUCGCAAUGCAGUUCGCAGACUAAGCAGAAGAAAGAUCAAAAAACGGGAAAGAGGGGACGAACAAACAGACACUUUCAAGAACAAUCCCCCCAUCUCCAAGCGGACAGCGCUCUAGGAAUCCAAAUUCAGUGCCCACCGAAGACAAAGGCGACCCAAGGGAGUGGCGGCGCGACCCUAGGGCUUGGGGCCCCCGCCGCGGAGCCUGCACGGCUGGCUGCCGGGACGGUCGCGGACCAUGUCUCCUGCCCCACGGCCCACCGGCAGUCUGCUGCUCCCCCUGCUCACGCUCGCCACCGCGUUCGCCUCCCUCAGCUCGGCCCAGAGCAGCUUCAGCCCCGAAGCCUGGCUGCAACAGUAUGGCUACCUGCCCCCCGGGGACCUGCGCACGCACACACACCGCUCACCCCAGUCCUUCUCAGCUGCCAUCGCUGCCAUGCAGAGGUUCUAUGGUCUGCGUGUGACGGGCAAGGCUGAUGCGGACACCAUGAAGGCAAUGAGGCGUCCCCGCUGUGGCGUUCCGGAUAAGUUUGGGGCCGAGAUCAAGGCCAAUGUUCGAAGGAAGCGCUAUGCUAUCCAGGGCCUCAAAUGGCAGCAUAAUGAGAUCACUUUCUGCAUCCAGAAUUACACACCCAAGGUAGGUGAGUAUGCCACAUUCGAGGCCAUUCGCAAGGCAUUCCGCGUGUGGGAGAGCGCCACACCGCUUCGAUUCCGAGAGGUGCCCUAUGCCUAUAUCCGCGAGGGCCAUGAGAAGCAAGCAGACAUCAUGAUCUUCUUCGCUGAGGGUUUCCAUGGUGACAGCACACCUUUUGAUGGCGAGGGUGGCUUCCUGGCCCAUGCCUAUUUCCCCGGCCCCAACAUCGGAGGGGACACCCACUUUGACUCUGCUGAGCCCUGGACUGUCAGGAAUGAGGAUCUGAAUGGGAAUGACAUCUUUCUGGUGGCUGUGCACGAGCUGGGCCAUGCCCUGGGCCUUGAGCACUCCAAUGAUCCCUCAGCCAUCAUGGCGCCCUUUUACCAAUGGAUGGACACAGAGAACUUCGUGCUGCCCGAUGAUGACCGCCGGGGCAUCCAGCAACUUUACGGGAGUCAGUCAGGGUCCCCUACCAAAAUGCCGCCACAACCCAGGACGACCUCCAGGCCCUCUGUCCCCGAUAAGCCCAAAAACCCCACCUAUGGGCCCAACAUCUGUGACGGUAACUUCGACACUGUGGCUGUGCUCCGAGGGGAGAUGUUUGUCUUCAAGGAGCGCUGGUUCUGGAGGGUGAGGAAUAACCAAGUGAUGGAUGGAUACCCCAUGCCCAUUGGCCAGUUCUGGCGGGGCCUGCCCGCAUCCAUCAACACUGCCUAUGAGAGGAAGGAUGGCAAGUUUGUCUUCUUCAAAGGAGAUAAGCACUGGGUGUUUGACGAAGCUUCCCUGGAACCUGGCUACCCCAAGCACAUCAAGGAGCUGGGCCGAGGACUGCCUACUGACAAAAUUGACGCCGCUCUCUUCUGGAUGCCCAAUGGAAAGACCUACUUCUUCCGGGGAAACAAGUACUACCGUUUCAACGAGGAGCUCAGGGCAGUGGACAGCGAGUACCCCAAAAACAUCAAGGUCUGGGAAGGAAUCCCCGAGUCUCCCAGAGGGUCAUUCAUGGGCAGCGAUGAAGUCUUCACGUACUUCUACAAGGGGAACAAAUACUGGAAAUUCAACAACCAGAAGCUGAAAGUAGAGCCAGGCUACCCCAAGUCAGCCCUGCGGGACUGGAUGGGCUGCCCCGCGUCAGGUGGCCGGCCGGACGAGGGAACGGAGGAGGAGACAGAGGUGAUCAUCAUCGAGGUGGACGAAGAGGGCAGCGGGGCGGUGAGUGCGGCCGCCGUGGUGCUUCCCGUGCUGCUGCUGCUCCUGGUGCUGGCAGUGGGCCUCGCCGUCUUCUUCUUCAGGCGCCACGGGACCCCGAAACGACUGCUCUAUUGCCAGCGUUCCCUGCUGGACAAGGUCUGACCCCCACGGCCGCCCACCCACUCCUACCACGAGGACUUUGCCUCUGAAGGCCAGUGGCAGCAGGUGGUGGUGGGUGGGCUGCUCCACCUGUCCCAGGCCCUCUCCCUACCCCGCCCCCCACCUCCCUUCUUUUCUAUCACCUGACUGCCUUUCUCCACCUCAACCCUGGCAUUGCUUCUUCCCUAGAUGGAGUGCCCUGGGGGCUGAUCAGGGGCUGCCCCUUUCAGCUCCUGCUCCCCCACCAGGGGCCUCUGUAGCUUGGUGUGUGCCCAGCCCCAUCUGAAUGUCUUGGCUCUGCACUUGAAGGCAGGACCCUCAGACCUCGCUGGCAAAGGUCAAAUGGGGUCAUCUGCUCCUUUUCCAUUCCCUGAUAUAACUUUAACCUCUGAACUCUGACCUCAGGAGGCUCUGGGCACUCCAGCCCCACAAGCCCCCCCCACCCGGUGCACCCCCGUGGCAACCUCCUACCACUCUUUCUGGCUUAAAGGAAUCUAAUCUUGUUGAGAGGAGAGACCCUAAGAGAGUAGGAGUGGUGUGGGGGAAGGCCACACAGCCACCCUAAGACCUUGGGAGGGAAGCUCAGAGUCAGUCCCCUCUGCAAAGAUCUGCCUCUGCCCCACCUGGCCCCAAGGACGUCCCCAGGAGCCUGAGCCAUUAAAGGGCUGUAGAAACCCUUGACGGCCCUACCCCCACAAAUGCCUUACCCCCACAAAUGUCAGCCUUGACUGGGGAUGUCUGGGUUAGAGGAGUGAGAGCACAGGCUGCAGCUCCCAGGGUAGGAUGGCUAGGGCCAAGGAGAGGGACUGUCUGGACCCCUGGGGUGAGCCUGAAGGUGACAGAAGAAGAAUCUCACUCAAAUGCAGACAGCUGGGAUGGGGACCAAGGGGCAGAGCAGUCAGGGGGAUAGGACAGGACCAAAGGCUAAGCAGGGAGGCGCAGUGGGAGUGGAGGGCCAGGGGAUGGGGGGAGGGCGGCCAGGUGGGCCAGGCCAGCAGGGGCUCCACCAGGUGGGCCGGUCGUUCCCGGAGGAGGCCAUGUUUUAUUGGAGGUCUGAGGAAGGGCUGGAGAAGGGCAUACCUACUCCACUUUGGUGCUCCACUCCUCCAGCCAGCAUACAAGUAUGGGAAGGGUAGGGAGCCCAGAGAAAAGAGCAGAGAUGACACACAUCCAGGGACUAGUGACUCGGGACCUUCAUGAGGGUGGCCACCCUCAUGGGUGGUGACCAGGGGCUGACAGCACUCAGCAGCCUCAGCUGGCUUCAGUGAGGGGGCAGGUGCCUGGGUGGGUCUUGUCAGGUUAGCCCCUCACUGCCUGAUACCCCUGCCCCUUGUCCCAUCCUACCCGUGUCCUGCCUCCUCUCCCCCAGCCAGCCCGCCCACUGGAAGUCUCCUCUGGCCACCACAGGUGGUCAUGGUACCUGGGACUUGAGAGAGUAAGACCCUGUGGGGACAGGGAGAGGAGAGGAAUGUUAGGGGUAGGGGAGUUCCGGGGGUGGGGGGUGGGGGUGUGUGGGAUGAACGGUGCUGGCAGUUCGGCUAAAUUUGUCUUGUUUGGUUUUUUUUUUGUUUCGUUUAAUGUAUAUUUUUAUUAUAAUUAUUAUAUAUGAAUUCCCUUCAAAUCGUUCCUUUUUGUUAACAAGGGGCAGGGGAAGGGUGGGGGUGGGGGGUGCAGAGGCAUCGGACCCCAGGAACCUGCAGGGCGGGGCUGGGUCAGUGCCCUCUAAGGACAUUUUUGACCUUGUUCAACCUUUCCACAAAGAAUAAAUGGUGUUUCACAUUC